AGCUUUUAGAAUUAAUAUAUUGAUUUACGUGAACAUUGCAUUUAACCUACAUCAUAGUAUCCAUAAGGACAAAUACAUUUGAACAUGACUAAUUGUCUAUAAGUGGUAUCACAAGUUAAACAAUUAUUAUCAUAGAUUCCAUUACAUGUUUUACAAGUGGAAUGACAUUAUUAACAUUCUAAUUAGAAACCAUCACUAAAAUAAUGAGUAUCUUUGCAUAGACAUUUAAAAGUUGAUCCUACUCUAUCUGGUUAUCUAGUAGAUGGACAACUUGUACAUUAAUCUAUUCCUGAUAUAUCACAAUCAGCACAAGUAUGAUCACAUAUAACUAAGUCAAUUAGAAUUAUAUUUACAUUAACAUAUAGGAUUUUAUAUUCCAAAUUCAACAUAUGCCUUAUUACAUGAACAUAAAUUAUUUAAUGUCAAAUGACGAUUAUGUAAUGAUGAGCAAGAAGUGCAGUCAGUUGAUAAAGAACCUUUACAAUUCUCACAUGAA